UACUGCAACUCCAUUAAUGAUCACAAACACAAAAUCAACAACCACGUGAAGUCAAUGGCAUUUGUCAGUAUCGACUCGCAUGACUUGUCCCAAGCAUAGCAAUAGCCGACCAACAACAAUCAAUAUCAAGUGGACCUGAUCACAUUAUGUACUAGUGCCUGACUUUACUCGCCGGCACAGUAAUAUGCACUUACGAGGUAUGAUACAUCCAGUCGCACACACGAACGGUAUAAAACGUCCUCGGACAAGCUUCUCACUUGUCCAUGACCAUCAAAUGUGAUAGCGUGAUCAACCACACGGAAUGGUGGACUACUCAUUGUACUUGGUCACGGACCCCAAGUGUCCCAACUGUGAAGAAGUUGUCCAGGACGCUGUCGAUAACGGCGUGACAAUCGUACAACUACGUGAGAAACAUCUUGACACAGGUGAGCUCAUCCAGAAGGCUGAAAGGCUCCACAAGAUAACCCAAAACGCCGGUGUUCCCCUGAUCAUCAACGACCGUAUCGAUGUUUGCCUGGCCAUGGAUGCAGAGGGUGUUCACAUUGGCAACGAUGACAUGAACCCUGUAAGAGCUCGCGAGCUCUUGGGGCCUGAUAAGAUCAUCGGCGUCACUGUCCAUUCUCUGGAGGAAUUGAAGAAGACCAUUGGAUAUGGAUGUGCUGACUACAUUGGGCUCGGUGGCAUAUACAGCACACAGACUAAGAAGAUGAAGAGCGAGCCUAUUGGUCCUUUGGGCGCGAGGGAGCUAUACAAGCAUUUGAAGGACACUGGGAACCCUCUGAAAUCCGUGCUCAUUGCUGGAAUCAAGCCUGACAACUGCGAGAGAACUAUCGAGCAGUCAACGUACCACGGCCGAGGUGCUGAUGGUGUUGCAGUGGUUUCCUGUAUCAUGGCCUCUCCAACUCCGGGAAGAGUUGCACGAGAUAUCAGGGACAGAGUUGACAGGAUCCUGAAGAAUGGCAUCCAGCCAUCGUUGGCCAAGCUGAGAACAAUUAGGGACAAGAAUCCAAUGAUUCACCACUUGACAAACACCUCUGUGCAGAAUUUCUGUGCAAACGUCACCUUGGCCAUAGGAGCAAGUCCUAUAAUGGCUGCCGAGAAGGACGAGUUUGAAGAUCUCGUCAAAGUGCCACUGAGUGCCCUGGUGCUGAAUACUUCUGCUAGGGAGGGCUUCAUUACACUCCAGAAGGCACUGGAAGUGUACAAUGAAGCAGGUAAGCACGUUGUAUUAGAUCCAGAGGCAAUCAACAUCAGUAGUUUCAGAGAAAGCUCAGUCAAGGAGCUGUUCAGAUCUUCACCUCCAAGUGUCGUCAAGGGUACUACCAAAGAGAUCAUGUGUCUACUUGGGGCUACAUACACUGAAGGUGAUGAUAUCCUAGCGUGCUACAACAUUGUGAAGCACUUCACAGAGGAGUUUGGGUGUAUUGUGGUGCUCACCGGGGUGGAUAAUCUAGUAUGCUUCCAAGACAAGGCCUACAAGAUCAGCACCGAAAGGUCGGCAGCUGCUCAAGUCAGUGGAUGUGAUGAUGCGUUGGCAAGUGUAAUUGCUUCCUUCAUUGCUGAUAUUCCACGUGGUGACAUGCUCCAGGCUCUGGAACACACAGUAAGUGCAGUUGCAUGCUACGAACAUUGCAUUGAGAGAGCACACGGCCAAACACCCAACCCUGGAUCCUUUGCGAUGGAACUACUUGAUCAAUUGUCUCUGGUUGAUGAAUCUACACUCGUUCAUGAUCAUACCUUUGUGUGUUCCUUAGAGACAGAACAGAGGUAGUGAUUUUAGAGGAGCAUGAACGCAAUCCUUGUGUGUGUGUCUAGUUGAGAUGCGACAAGACACUUGAUGAUGCGCUCUUCGAGUUUCAGCUUAAUGUUUCCAGUUAGAUCGACGUCCCAAUAAAUACUUCACUAAUAGCAGGAUGUAUAGUGUUCCAUUCGCACCGUGUGGUUAGUAAAAUAGUUGAUAGGAUAAUGA